AUGGCAAACACAUCGGUUUCCGACGUGUUUGCCAGGCGUCAGGCUGUCAUGUUCGCAGUCGUGAAGACCGUCACACGAUUGCCUAUAUCUCUUGACUUGUCAUGGCUGACCAAACCCCGUCGACGAGCCUUGAAAACACCACUGGAACGUCAAGCCAAAGCCCAGCAAAGAGCCUACACGACCCUCUCCGCAAACAUGUCCACAACACCACCACCCACCACAAACCCCUCCCUCUGGACCACCACAAUCCCCAACAAAACCCCCGUCCUCAUCAUCGUCUCCACCGUCUUCCUCUUCCUCUCCACGGGCUUCUUCCUCGCCCGCUUCCUCUACCGAUGGCGCACCCACCAACGCGGCUGGGACGACCUCAUGGCCCUCCUCGCCUACCUCACCCUCGCCAUCCAAACCGCCUUCCUCUACGCCUCCGCCACCCACGGCUUCGGCAAACACCGCGCGGACCUGCCCCGGUCCGAGUUCAGCAAAGCCAUGUUUUACUUUUAUCUGUAUCAGAUUUGCUAUAAGAUUAUUGGCGGGUUUACGAAGUUGAAUUUUUGUUUUUUGUAUUUGAGGAUUUUUGGGCAGUCGAAGGGGUUCGCGAAGGUGGUGAACGCGAAUUCGGCAAUCAUCGCGGCCGGGACGGUGGCCUUUACGGUAGGCACGGUGUUCCAGUGUGUGCCCGUCAAAAGGAACUGGGAUCGCAGAGUGGCCGGGUAUUGUAUCAGCAACAUGGGGUUUUGGUACGCGCAUGCUGGGUUCAACACGCUGAUGGACAUUGUGGUGAGUGCGAUUUCUGUUCGAGGGAACAAAAACGUCGUUGCUAAGAUGAUGCUACUGGUCUUCUGCCUCCCAUUGUUCGAAAUCUCGAAGCUUCACACCAAGCUCAGCACCAAAAUCAGCGUAGGCGCCAUCUUCGUCCUAGGGUUCUUCACGAUUGCCGCCUCAAUCGUGCGGAUGGCCAUGCUCUACCACAGCGCCAAAAGCACCGACGAUCCGACCUGGGGCUCCCUAAACGGCUGGCUAUGGACCGAAAUCGAAGCCAACACCGCAGUCAUCUGCUGCUGUCUCCCAGCUCUCCGAAACCUCUUCGUGCAAGGCUGUCGAAUCCUGCGUGGAAAAUCUGGACCCGAAACACCCACGAAUACUCAAAACAUCACCAAAUCCCAAACCCGACGCCUCAUCCGCCGCGAAGAACCCACGCGCCCAACCCAAUCCCGCGCCUAUGGAAACUUCUCCGAAGCCAAAUAUUGCCCUCCCGGCUCGACCCAAAACCUCGCGGCAGAUAUCUCCAAACCUACUCGCGCUUGGUUCUCGCAGCCUUUCCACUAUCACAGGAAGUCCGGGUCGGGGUCUAGCGACACGGAGCUCACGAAGGCGGAGGAAGGGGGUGCUGGUAUUGUCUUGGGGAGUACGGCGCCGAGGUUGGAUACGGGGAGUAUAUAUAAGACUAUGGCUGUGGAUGUGCAGUCGAAGCGGGAUUCGAGGUUUGGGCAGGAGUAUGGGUACCAUUUGCCGGAGGUGGAUGAGGGUAGGAAGGGGGAGGAGGAGAUUAGUUUGAGUGAGAUUUUGAGGGAGCGGUGA